AUGCCCCUUUAUAUCCUUCGAUUAUCGCUGGAUCACACAUCGUUCCGAAUACCUUCUCUUCUUUCAAUCUCUCAAGUAUUCAAUUUCCCCAUCCGAUUCGUUUCCCAAGAUCUUUAUAGAGGAUUGUUGGUAAUUGAAUUAGAGAAGGAAGAAGAUGUGAAUCACUUACUGGAAAGAGAGACUCUGCUAUUGUCCGUUACUGAGCUUUAUGCUCAAGGAUCAACUUAUGAAGAGUUACACGCUGAAAUGAGUCAACAUCUCGAUAUCUUACAACCUUACAGACAGAAAAGUUUCAAAUUCACACUAGAAGGAGUAAAUCACCGUGUGAUAGAAUCUAGAAUCAGAGAUACCGUUGAGAGUUUUGCAUAUACGGCUUUAGAAGGGAAGAUACAGAUGAAGAACCCUGACGUUGAAUUUGUGAUUUACGAAGAUUAUCAGUGGCAAGCGGCUCAUACUGUUCAAGCUAGAGUUUCAAGAGAUGGGAAUUUCAAACAUGUGUAUUUUGGACGAAGAAUAGGGUUCGGUAGAGCAAGGACGUUGGCGACGAGUCAUGAUGUGAAGAAUCGAGCUUAUUAUGGAAAUACAUCUAUGGAUUCACAUAUGGGCUUCUUGAUGGCAGGACAAGCACUUCCUGCACCAGGUAAACUCAUCUAUGACCCAUUCGUAGGAACUGGAUCUAUGCUUUAUGCUGUAGCACAUUGGGGCGCAUAUGUACUGGGAAGUGAUAUCGAUGGUAGACAAAUAAGAGGGAAAAUGAAGGGCAAAGAAGUAAAACCUGGUAUUCUCAGGGCGGCGGAACAAUAUGGCAUAGAAGAUAGAUUCAUAGAUUGCUUGACUUAUGAUGUUACUAGAAGUCCUAUAAGAACAGGUGGAUGGGUGGAUGCGAUUAUCACUGAUCCCCCAUACGGCGUACGAGCAGGUGCUAAGAGAACAGGUAGAAAGGAAGGUGGAAAGCCAUUAAGGGAAGAACCUUACUUGUUGCCUGAUGGGACGUAUUCGCAUAAACGAGAAGAUUACCUACCACCUUCAAGACCUUACGAACUCGCAAAUCUCACUCUUGAUCUUGUACAAUUAGCAAGAUGGUUAUUGGUUCCCGGAGGUAGAUUAGUCUUUUUCUUGCCUACUGUGAAUGAGGAUUAUCAAGAGGUGGACGUACCAGUAGUAGAAGGAAUGAAGGAGUUGAAAAUUGGUCAAGGUAGUAUACAAGAUUUCGGUAAAUGGGGAAGAAGACUAAUAACGAUGGAAAAAACGGCAUUGGAUGAUGGUCCACCUCCAACAUUUGAAGAUCAUGACGAAUUCGAUAUCAAAAAUCAACCUGAACAUCUACCUGGACAUUUCGGGUUUAGAGAUCGAUAUGCAGCAGGAUUCGCACCUAGAACAAUAGGUGAUUCAGGUUCUGCUUCUCCAGCAGUGGAAACACCGGCUAUACUGGUACCUGGCGUCACUACUCGAAAUGAGCAAGGGAAGUAG